AUGCAGCUUGCCCAGCGUGUACCGCACUACAAGGAGAAAAACCAAUUGAUCAACCUCCUGGUAGAGUACCGGGUCCCACUCGCACGCGCCAACUGGCUACUGAAGAUGACGAUGAAGUACGAGCUCAGCAGCAGCAGCAAUACCGGGACAAAGCGGGGCUUCGCCGGGACACAGCCCACCAGUGCGAAUGGUCUUAAGCCCGACCCAGUUAGAGACUGGACAAACGCGCUCUUGGCGGGGUUGAAGGUGCACCUGAAUGUGCUGGCGGAUGAUUCUCCUG